CGGGGCUGUGAAUGAAGCUCGCCGGCUACGUGGGGCGCUAGCUCAACUUGGUGUUCUGAACGCCAGAGCCGAGAGAGCGCUUGGCCUGCCAGUGGCAGACACAAGCUCCACGCUGCUGACCUCGGCGAAAGGUUUGGGGUGUGAGCAUCUGGAAGAGAGUAAGGCUAUACUGCUGGUGUUCCACUUAUAUCCCAUUCAAGCUUUCCAACAACACUGGGGUCUCUGGGAAACUCUGAGCCUGUGACCCCAACGUGGGAGUGGAUAGGAUCAACAUGGCCAUGUGGCAGGGUGCUGUGCUGUAUACUGGAGCUACAGUGGAGCCAUGGAUAAUAGAGGAUUUCAACAGGGGAGUUUCAAUAGCUUCCAGAGCAGCUCCAGUGAUGAAGACCUGAUGGACAUACCAGAGUCAGCUAUGGAUUUCUCCAUGAGAGAUGAUGUUCCUCCAUUAGAUGGAGAAAUAGAAGAGGAAAGGUCAUACAAUGGUGGAGGAAUAGGUUCUUCAAAUAGGAUGAUGGACUUCUUGGAGGAGCCAAUCCCUGGUGUGGGGACCUAUGAUGAUUUCAAUACAAUUGACUGGGUGAGAGAGAAGUCUCGAGACCGGGAUAGGCACCGAGAGAUUACCAAUAAAAGCAAAGAAUCAACAUGGGCCUUAAUUCACAGUGUGAGUGAUGCCUUUUCUGGCUGGUUGUUGAUGCUCCUUAUUGGGCUUUUAUCAGGUUCCUUAGCUGGCUUGAUAGACAUUUCUGCUCAUUGGAUGACAGACUUAAAAGAAGGUAUAUGCACAGAGGGAUUGUGGUUUAACCACGAACACUGCUGCUGGGACUCCAAGAAUGUCACCUUUGAAGACAAAGACAAAUGCCCAAAGUGGAAUAGCUGGUCCCAGCUUCUCAUCAGCACAGAUGAGGGAGCCUUUGCCUACAUAGUCAAUUAUUUUAUGUACGUCCUCUGGGCUCUCCUAUUUGCCUUUCUUGCCGUGUCUCUUGUCAAGGUGUUUGCGCCUUACGCCUGUGGCUCUGGAAUCCCUGAGAUAAAAACUAUUUUGAGUGGUUUUAUUAUUAGGGGCUAUUUGGGUAAGUGGACCCUGAUUAUCAAAACCAUCACACUGGUGCUGGCAGUGUCUUCUGGCUUGAGCCUGGGCAAAGAGGGCCCCCUAGUGCACGUGGCUUGCUGCUGUGGGAACAUCUUGUGCCACUGCUUCAACAAAUACAGGAAGAAUGAAGCCAAGCGCAGAGAGGUCUUGUCGGCUGCAGCAGCAGCUGGUGUAUCUGUUGCCUUUGGAGCACCUAUUGGCGGAGUAUUAUUCAGCCUAGAAGAGGUCAGCUACUAUUUUCCCCUCAAAACGCUGUGGCGUUCAUUCUUUGCAGCUUUGGUGGCAGCAUUUACUCUACGUUCCAUCAAUCCAUUUGGGAACAGCCGUCUGGUUCUAUUUUACGUGGAGUUUCACACCCCGUGGCAUCUCUUUGAGCUUGUGCCAUUCAUUCUGCUGGGCAUAUUUGGUGGUCUGUGGGGAGCUUUAUUUAUCCGCACAAACAUUGCCUGGUGUCGGAAGCGUAAGACCACCCAGUUGGGCAAGUAUCCUGUCAUAGAGGUACUUGUGGUUACAGCCAUCACUGCCAUCCUGGCUUUCCCCAAUGAAUACACCCGGAUGAGUACAAGUGAGCUCAUUUCUGAACUGUUUAAUGACUGUGGUCUUCUGGACUCCUCUAAGCUCUGUGAUUAUGAGAACCAUUUUAACACAAGCAAGGGGGAUGAAUUACCUGACAGACCUGCUGGUGCGGGAGUCUAUAGUGCCAUGUGGCAGCUGGCCUUAACACUCAUAAUGAAAAUUGUCAUUACCAUAUUCACCUUUGGCAUGAAGAUCCCUUCUGGCCUCUUUAUCCCUAGCAUGGCUGUUGGUGCUAUAGCAGGUCGACUUUUAGGAGUAGGAAUGGAACAACUGGCCUAUUAUCACCAUGACUGGGGCAUCUUCAAUAGCUGGUGUAGCCAAGGAGCUGAUUGCAUUACUCCUGGUCUUUAUGCGAUGGUUGGUGCUGCAGCCUGCUUAGGUGGAGUAACUCGGAUGACCGUUUCUCUUGUUGUCAUAAUGUUUGAACUAACUGGUGGCUUGGAAUACAUUGUGCCUCUCAUGGCUGCAGCAAUGACAAGCAAGUGGGUAGCAGAUGCUCUUGGGCGGGAGGGCAUCUAUGAUGCCCACAUUCGUCUCAAUGGAUACCCCUUUCUUGAAGCCAAAGAAGAGUUUGCUCAUAAGACCCUGGCAAUGGAUGUGAUGAAACCCCGGAGAAAUGAUCCUUUGUUGACUGUCCUUACUCAGGACAGUAUGACUGUGGAAGAUGUAGAGACUAUAAUCAGUGAAACCACUUACAGUGGCUUCCCAGUAGUGGUGUCCCGGGAGUCCCAAAGGCUUGUGGGUUUUGUCCUCCGAAGAGAUCUCAUUAUUUCAAUUGAAAAUGCUCGAAAAAAGCAGGAUGGAGUUGUGAGCACAUCCAUCAUUUAUUUCACUGAGCAUUCUCCUCCAAUGCCACCAUACACUCCACACACCCUAAAGCUUCGGAACAUCCUGGAUCUCAGCCCCUUCACUGUGACUGACCUGACCCCCAUGGAGAUUGUCGUGGAUAUCUUCCGCAAGCUGGGACUGCGGCAGUGUCUGGUUACACACAAUGGGCGAUUGCUUGGAAUUAUAACCAAGAAGGAUGUAUUAAAGCAUAUAGCACAGAUGGCGAACCAAGAUCCUGAUUCCAUUCUUUUCAACUAGAAUCACAAGAAGGACAUUGCAAACCAUGGAUAUAUUUUAUUGACUGGGUACCCAGAACAUAUUUCCCAUGUUCGAAUGUUGAAAUUAUAUUAGUGUGUUGUGUCUUUCCUACAAGUUAACCAGUUGUAUUGUAUAAUAAUUUCUGGAAAUUAAUCUUCUCUUUAGGAGAAUGAGCAGUUAGGCUUCUGUGAUAUUGCAUUAAGAAGAUUUCAUGAAAGAUUAAACAAGAUUGCUGUGGUUUAAUUCUUUUUCUUAAGAUGAUUUUUUAAUUUAAAACAUAAUUGUUAGCCAAUAUGCAAUCACUGAAAACUAUGCAAGAAAAGUCCAACUGUCCUGACCAAUAGCCUGCAGGAAACUCAUGAAAGUCACUUUUUUUGAACUCUAACUAUCAUUGGUGAAAGAUGAAGUGUAAAUUAAGUGGCUUUACUUUUCCAACCACAGAAAAGAAAGCCAGAAGGAAAAUAGUAAUAGUAUUUUCCAGACUGUGAAAAUUCAUUUCAAAUGUUAUCUUGUUCCUGUUACAAUAUUUAGCAUUAUUAGUUUGUAUGUGUAUGUAUAUGUUAAUUUUAAUAUCUUAUUAUAAGACAAUGCUGCUUUGGUUAAUCUCCUCUAAAUGAAUUUAGAGAAGUUGAUUUUAUAGCUUGCUUGUUUCUGGUACUCCUCAAGUGCACAAAGAUAAGUUAUAGAGAUUUCUCCUUGUCUGCAAGAAGGGUAAUUUUCCAGAUGGUAUUUGUUAGCUAGUAGACAAGGACUUUGCCAUGAAUUUGUUAGAAGCAAGAAAUGAUUUCUCAAGAUGAAUGAUUAGUGAAGUUCUAAGCAAGUCAAUGACUAGGAGUUUUAAAACUUUGUCAGGUUCCAACUCAUCCUCUUACCCAGAUGCCACCUCCGUGAGUGAUGGUGCUUUAGGCUUCUGGAAUAUGUAAGGAUAGUAAAGAGAACCAAGUCUAGGCUGCAUACUGGUAAACUAGGGAAGAUUCUGAGCUGUAUCUGCAUUCUCAUGCAUUCCUUCAUGAAGACAACCAGUACUAACAUAACUGGAUGCUCAUGCCUCCUCCCAGUGUUAAGUACAUAGAAUAGGCCAGUGUUGUCCCGGUGAAUAUGAAUUUUGGCUUGGGGUACUUUCAAAUAUAUUCAAGACAUUGGAACAUAAUAGGCAGCUGUGACUCCCCUGAGGCUCCUUAGAAUCCUAAAUAAAAUGAAGAACCAUCCUAAGAUCCAGGGUGUGGACAAGGCCUGGUGACACCAAAGGUGCUUGUAUCCAAUUGUAAAGGUGCCUGUGUGAAUUUCCUACCACCUUAACUGCAGUAGAAAACAUCACAAUCUAGCGACACCUGGUGGAAUUACAGAGCCACCACCAUUCCAAUGACUGUUUCAUUUUCUACAGUUUUAUCCAUGUGCAGUUGUUCCUCUUCUGUUCUUUGCCCUUUCCUACUCCUCAGUCCCCAGUCCUCUCUUUGGGAUCGAACAUUCUGCCUGGUUAAUCAUUCCUAUUAGAAAAAAUAAUUCCCAUGGCUAGUUAAAUUGUAAACCAAACCUCAGUAAUCUUAUGACACAUGGACCAGAGGUAAUACAUAGCCAUUGGCUUUGCUCUGUAACGAAGUCACUGCUGCCAUGCCUCAAUUUCCACACCAAUGCCCACAGCAGUAAGAAUCAACUGCCAGGGGUGAAAGUUCAGCCUUUCCCAUUUUACAGGUAUUUUCCUAGCACUUCUCUCCAUCCUUCUGGCCUAGAAUCAGCAGUCACUUGGCAUAUAUUUCCCAGCCAUCUACCUUCUCUCCCAAAACACCUCAUACCUCAUUUUAAGAGCUUCUGGUCCUGGAUUGUAGGAUUUUUUUUUUUUACUCUUAGUUCGUAUCUUUUCCAAAUCUGAAUUUAUGGUAUUGCCCAGAACUAGGUAGUCAAGGCUUAUUUGGAUUUUUUAUCUUUAAAAUAUUAAGGCAGUCACCAGAGUUUUUAUUUUAAGUAUAUCACCCUAGUAUUUUCGUGAAAAAGAAAAACUCUCUAGGUUAUAUUGUAUGAAAGUCAUGACUCAGUCUCUUUACAUCUUUUGUUCCUUCCAUGCCACUGAUUUUCUCACAUGAGAUGUGGUUAUUUUGCUCUCCACCCCUCUAUAUUGAGUAGAAACCAAAGUUCUUAUCUGUAUAUUUCUGGUUCACUACCUAACUUUUCUUAUCAGCCACCCAAGUAAAGUUUGCAAAUCAGGAAAUGUUAGUAUUUCUAGUAUUAGAUGACAAUGAAAGAUUUUGUUGCAUUUUGUAGUGCAGCAGUGAUAUGGAGGGUGUCUAAGUUUGCCUUUGUGUUUCUUCUAGGCUCUGUUUUUAAUUUUAGACAGAUGAGCCAGCAUUAAGGUGCUACUUCAAAGACUAAAUUCAAAAAAUCAGAUAACACUGUGCCAAGGUAAACUUUCUAGAUGCUAAGCACCGAUUGGCCCUCCAGAGUAUAAUAUCCUGGUAUUAUUCAUUCCUGAUAAAUCUCAUCCAUUAACCUCAGCUUCUCAGGAAUUCUUGUAACUCAUAUGCUAGAAGUAGCUGUAGUGUAUGGUAUCCAUUAUAUGUCUAAUCCUAUGGUUUGGCUUCAAGGUUGGCUAAUUGUGGCUAGAGUUCCCUGUAGGCUGCUAACUCAGCACCUUAACACUCAGUUUCUUGUCUUGAGGCAAAGGAAAAUGUUCUGACAUUGCUAAUUCAGCAGUUAAAAAUACUUAACCAACAAACAAAGCCAAUAUAGGGAAGUCUGUCAGUAGCAUCAAAUGGCCACAGACUUCAAUGGGGAAAGACAAGAUAAUCUGAUUUUAAAAUGAAUAUGAGUUGAAACUAGUCUCUUUUGGUAUUAAAAAAGAAAAUUGACCAACACAAGGGAAUGAUUUACAAAAGAAUGCUAAUAAAUACUUCAGGAUUUUCCAAGAAAAAAUAUCUGGUAGACAUCCAGCCAUUAAAGGAGUGAGUCUAUAGAUUUGUAAAAAGUCUGCUAUAUUUUGUAUGUUCAGAUCUUCAAUGUAAAAAAUUAAAGGAGCCCAAGUAGUUAAUAGAUGAUUAGUUAUACCUUUGGAGGGAAGAAUCAGGGGACUGAAAAUGUUAAAUAAUGUCCACUUUCAAAAUCAUUUGUUUUUAGAAGUUUGUUCAGAUUCUCUCCUUUCUGGCUCUGGCAUCAUUCUGGCUCAGCCCAGCUAUAGAACAGAGGUGGUAUAGUGCACCUAACAGAUAUUCUCUGGUGAAUAAUUUGAUAUUGACAGUACUUUGAUUUUGCCAGCUGGCAGAGCAAAUGAUUAAUUUGCUGAUUUAACUGCAAAGCAGUUCAAUUGUUUUGGUACAAAAGGCUGAAUUUGAACCCUUUACAGGAAGAGCAGAGCACAGUAUAAAUUUCUGUAGUCAGCCCCCAAUUGUGUUUGAACAUGAGAAUGAUAAAGUAAUGGAGACUUGGUAUGGUCUAAGGCUGUUAAGUAAUUCUCAAUCACGUUAAGAAACUGUUCAGGUUAGAGGGAGCAAAUAUGUUGUUAAAAACUUAGCAUGCAAUAGAGGUCACCAUGGAAUGUAAUUGUUGCUGUAUGUUUUAAGUAUUUGAAUCACCCAUCCUGGUUGGGUCUUGAUAUUGGUUUGUUCUGUUGGGUGAUGAGAAGGAAAGUGUACUUGUUAUCCUACAGUAUCUUUUUAAAAAAAUAAAUUAUAAGGAGUGCACUUUUUUAAGCUGAGUUUUUAAUGACUGUGAAGACAAUAUUGAGAAUUUGAAAUAGCCAGUGUAUUUUAUAUCACCAGAGUACAUACUGAUGACUGACCACGUGCUGUGAAGAAUCAAUUUACCUACAUUGGCAGUAUUUACCUACAUGAGUUCAGAGAAAACAAAAGAGCAUCUUUCAUGACAGUGCAUAGAGUAUUGAGCUUUUGAAAACCCUGAGAAAAAUUAGGAAUUUAGAAAAUAAACAGGAGAUAGAAUAUUGAGUCUUUUAAAACAUAAAUGUCUAUAUAUGUGCUCUGAACUUAAUUAUUCUAAAAUCUUGAUUUUUUUUUUACCACUUCUGGGAUUGCCUGUAUUUACUUUGGAGAGGGAAUGGAGAGUUAUGGUAAUGGAAAAGCCAUAGUAGGAAAAUAUAUGAGUUUGUGUAAGAUGGUGGAAGGAAGGCCAGCCAUAUAUCCUGGCAUUUAUAAACCACUUGAUCAUGUGCCUCAAGGGAACAAGAAGUCAAAUAGUCUCCAAAAGACCAGGCUUUCCAAGCAAAAGGAUUUAGCUGGAGUAAGUCUACUUUUAUGGAAAGAGUUGAUAUAGGGCAAGACACUUACUCAUGUAGGAGGGGAGCCACUACUGCCAUUGCCUAAAUGAUAAGCUUUUGGUAGAUUGUCUUGAAUUUUGAUAGCAAAAUAUUUUUAAAUCCAUAUUUUUAGUCUCUCCAGUAUGUAGUUGUAUAUUAGAAAGAAAAAGGUGAAAUUUUCUCAGCUCAGAGCUCAGGGAGCUGUAUAAAUUUGAAGUGAAAUCAGUGUAAUGUACCUGUGGUGACCACUCGACUUUGCUCUGCUUCAAUUUCAGUUGUUUGCUCUAAGGAGAGAAGUUCUUGGAAUAGCAGGUGUUAGCAAAUUCAGGUUAUUCCACAAACGUUUGCUGGCUACAGUCUCAUUUCUGAACACCUGGAUCUGGGCAAAAUUUUCAAGUGAUGUAGGAAACAAAAUUGUUUUUUCCACUGUGUAGUAAUCACCCAAGAAAGAAAGUAUUCUAUGUUUGCAGUUUGCAUUUCUUGGAUGGGGUCUCUUGGGACUCACCCAGCCCAAUCCCACAGUCAUACAUUCCUACCUCUAAGUUCCUGCCAAAGGGUCUUCAGCCUCUGUUUGCACACUCAUGGAGUGAAUGAAUGCCUUGCCUAAAGAAAGGCAUGUAGCAGUAUAAUAUUAUGAGGGUUUUUAAAAAAUGAUCUCUGCCUCUCCUUUCUCCUUCUAUCCCACCUUCUUUCCCUUUCUUCCCCACUACCUCUCUCUUUCUCUCACCCUUCCCCUAAAUUCAAAACUUUCUCAAUUAUUACAAGCAUAUUGUUUCAAAUGUGAACCUUGGAGAAAGAAGAGGAUCAUUCUGAAAGUAGAGAAUGAAAGAUAAUUCUCUGGGUUGAGAAGGCCAAUGGAGCUUUGCUCCACUGUUGGUGCAAAAGCCAGUGGUAUGUAUUGGGAGUGUCAAGGACUUUAGCAUCCUGAUGUCAGAUUUAUAUUCAUUGCUAAACCUUAGUAUAAUCUACUAGUUCAAGCCUAUUGAAAGUCAGCACCAGUCUAGGAUUUGGUAAGUGAAAUGCCAUCUGGCAAAAUGCGGACAAGGGAAUGGCCUGACAUGGUUUUAUCAGGGUAGAAAUCUUCAGCCUCAUUAUCAUAUUGAGUGUACCUCAAAAUAUAUGGUCACUUAAGAGUGUUCCUUUUCCCUCCUUCAUUUUACUUUAUUGCUUCUCCCUUUCUCUUCCAUUGUCCUGCCUUUUUAGUACUCAGCUUUUUAAUAAGUAUGUACUUUUAAAAUAUGUAUUUGGUCUUUUGGGACUAUGUAAUGAUUAAGAAUUAAUUUCAUUCUAGAUAAAAUGAUGUGUUCAAUAUUUUGUUAUUUUAAACUAUCUUUUGAGUUAUGCUGUUGGUAACUAGGUACAGGCCAGAAAGGUGUUGAGCCUGACAGACAGUACCCUGGUCAUAUCACACUUAAGGAUGGCAUUGAUGUCAUGGUAGUGACUCUUCUUCAUUUGACCAAGGCCAGCAUCCUGCUCUUACCUCUAUCCAUUCAUUUCUGGCUAUGGGAGAAAUACCACACCCUUUAGGUGAGCCAGUGAGGCUAGGAGGAUCAGAGGGUUUAGCCCAUGGACCACUAUGUGAAUAUCUCUGAAAUAAGCUCAUGUGUAGUGCAGGCUCCAACUGCAGUAGCCAAAGAAAAUCUGUCUGACUCAACAUUUAGUUCCUAAGAUUUGGUAGAAGUUUUGCUGAAGCUAACCUGUAGACACCAACUAGGCAUACAGAAACUAGCACCAACCAAAGCUAAUGUAGCCUGAGUUUCCACAGGAAGCUUGGUGUUGAGCUGUUCAGAGCAUUUAUUUAUUUGAGUGUUGCCAACCCUAUAGUCAUGCUUUCUUAGCUUUAUUCUAAUUUUUAGAGAUGUUGGUCCCCAUUCAUAGGCACAGCCUGUACCAAAGCUGUGAGUCCUGCUCACUUCAUUCUACUCCUUGGUCAUGUAUAGCAACAGUCUAAAAAGGAAGACAUGGGCUGGGGAGUUAGGAGACUGGGUUUCUAUUCCUUAUGCUUCUACUAACUAGCCUCAAGAUCUUAACCGUUCUGUGCCUCAGUGUUCCCAUCUGCAAAAUGGGGAUAGUGUUAAUUGCCCUACCUACCUCACAGGGUUGUUGUGAGGAUAAAUUGAGACAAUGAAUGGAAAGUAUUUUGACUAGUAAGUGCUAUGCAAAUUGUAUGAAAUGGAAACAAUCAUGUUAAAGGCAAUGGAAUGGACAUUGGCAAAAGGUUUAAUGGGAUUGUCUAGCCCUUUCUCUGUGUGGCUCAAACCCAGGUCGCCAUUGCUUUAUACAUUUCCACUUAGCACAGAUUUUGUAAUUAUGCAUGUAAUAAAGCACAGCUUUAUCCAA